AUGUUAAGGAUUCGCGUCAAAAUGGCUCCGCGAAGUAAUCAUAACAGCAAUAGCAAUAGUCACAAGGAAUGGACUUGCUGCUUUGGCCUCCAUGUCCACACCGCAACAUUGAUGAUUGGCCUUUGGCAUUUGUUCCUGAACAUACUGGCCCUAAGCGUACUCGCUGUCAUCUGGCGCAAUCCUCAAAUGAUGGAUGAACUCGAAAGUGGUACUCAUGAUUUUACGGUUGAUAUGAGCGCGCCUGCCUUGCCCACACCGCUAAGCAAAGUGGAUCCGCCCUAUGCUUUCCGCGACCAUUCCCUCAGCUACAAUAGGCGAUACCAGAACUUCGAUAUGGGCGGCUUGGUGUGUACUUGCAUGAUAGCCAUCACGCUGAUGAUGAUAUAUGGCACGAUCAAGGGCAAACCUUCACAUUUGUUGCCCUUCUUUUGUCUGCAACUUUUUGACUUUGCCAUCACCACACUGACCGCCGCUGGGUACAUAUGCUAUUUGCAGGCCAUACAUCGAAUUAUCGCAGAGUCCCAUCGUUUGCCAUGGCGUGAGAAGUUGCUGGAAUUGCCGCCUGAGGAGCUCGUCGUUGUGGUGCUUGUAGUCUUCGUCUGCAUUGUUUUUCUCAAGGCCUAUUGCAUUGGCAUUGUCUGGCGCUGCUAUAAAUACUUGACCUUGCGUCAGCAGCAUCUGCGUACCUUAUUACCGUGCGUGUUGAGUGACAAUUUGGCUGGCGGAUCGGCUUUUGCAGCGGAGGAACGCGCAUAUUCGACACUAUUGCCCAACUACGAUGAGGCUGUGGCUCAGUUUAUGAAACAGGCGCCACCGCCAUCAUAUCAGGUAGCCAUGUCCAACUAUCAUACUGAAGAUGAAGCUGCUGGUGCGGUUGGUGGCGGCGGUGCAGGCGGCGGAGCACCGCUGUUUGUGUCUCUCGACGCAAACACGGCAAACGCUGCAUGCAAUACGGAUGAUGACAAUCUGGACAACAACAACGACACACCGAAUAACAACAACACUAUGCAUGUGAAUGCAAACACGCCCCCAAUGCGUCGCAAUGAACAGGCGGCUGCUGGAACUGUUGCCCCGCUGGCCGAAUAUGCUGAUCUCGAGACAAUUGAUGCUGGACAAGAUGUGCCGCCGCCCUAUAACGAUGUGACCGAUGCCGAGGUACAAGUACCGCCACAGUCGCCGCAAGGCCAGGUUAGCUUACCUGGCCAGGUUGCCCGCGCCCACGACGAUGAGAGUCAGGCCUAAGCUGUAAUUGGACCUGCUGUGUUGUUUAGGUUUUCGUUUAGUCGUGUUGUGAGCAUUUGAUUUCGAUGCACCACCUAUACUUUAUAUGUUAUAUCUUCAUUUUACGCACAAUUUUCAUUUAGAUUACACAUUUUAUUCAUAGAUUUAUUUUGUUUUCUUACUAUUUCUCAUGUCUGGUAAAUCACAUUCCCUCUGUUGUCUUCAGCCCCCUAAGCAUAUCGCACGUUGGAUCAUUUGAGUAUUAAACGUCCUAUUUAUGCAUCAUAAACGCAUUAAAACACUGAAGAAUCUGCAGAUAUUUAAAAACAAAAACGAAUACUUCAUGAAACCGCUGUUUAUGUUAGAAAAUAAAUGUAAAAAUAUGUAUGUACGAUCUGAUCUUUUGCUCUCAACGUGUAAAACUCUUAAACUGAACGGUAAAAAUGCUCUAAAUAUGAUGUAGACACACGGUACGCCACUUAUCAAUUUUAAAAAAUGAUGGUUUAUUUGGCCGCAUCUGUUAAAACUUGCAAUUAUUUGUAAUAUAUUUAUGUGCAAACUUUGCCAUUCUAAAGUAUACCAAAAUUGUUUAAAAUCGAUUUGAAUUUAGUUAUCAAAAGUAGUUGUUACCAAAAAUGCAAAAAGAAAAGAAUUUAAAAAAAUGUUGUGGCUAUUUGAUGUACGUAUGACCUAUGUUUUAGCUAACUUGUAAGACUAUCCGUAUUUAUACAAUAUAAAUAUAUCGCUUGUAUUUAAGUUUAUCUAUCAAUUACUAUUUUAACGGAAAUCGAUAAACAUUUUAAGUGUGUAUUGUAUGUAUCUAUAUGUAUGCAGUAUAAUUACUAAAUAUGCAAAGAUAUUCAAAUAAA